AUGGCCGCCCCAAUUCGCGUCACGGUCCUCAUAUCUGGCAAUGGUACAAAUCUACAAGCUGUUAUCGAUAAAGUGGCCGCAGGACAGUUAAAGGCAACAAUCGUCCGCGUGAUCUCCAAUCGCAAAACCGCAUUCGGUCUUGAGCGCGCCAGCAAAGCCAACAUCCCAACCGAAUACCAUAAUCUCGUCAAGUACAAGAAGCAGCACCCCGCGACGCCGGAAGGUGUUCAGCUUGCGCGCGAGGAAUACGAUGCUGAUCUUGCAAAGCUGAUCCUUGCCGACACGCCGGAGCUGGUCGUGUGUCUCGGCUUCAUGCACAUUCUCUCGCCGCAGUUCUUGGAGCCCCUGGAGGCUGCUAAGACAAGAAUCAUCAACUUGCACCCCGCGCUGCCGGGUGCGUUCAACGGCGUUAAUGCGAUCGAACGUGCUCAUGCUGCGUGGUUGGAGGGCCAAAUUGAUAAGACCGGUGUUAUGAUGCACGAUGUCAUUUCUGAGGUGGAUAUGGGUACACCAAUUCUGGUGCGGGAGAUCCCUUUCCAGAAGGGCCAGGAUGAGAACCUCGAGACCUUUGAAACUCGGGUCCAUGAGACCGAGUGGGGAGUCGUCGUUGAAGGAGUGGAUAAAGUGGUGAAGGAAUUGAUGGCCCAAAAACAAAAAGGCUCAACUGCAUGA